CCAUGCUCGCCCGAGCCUCAGGCAGGCUACUUCGUACUCAGUCUCCGCGUAUCGCUGUCUCAUCGCUUUCUCGCAUAUCCCUGCUCAACGCGCGGCGGAGUUUCCACCACAAUAAAGAUCCUUAUUCCCCAAAAUAUACUGCUCUGUUAUGGGCUUCUCUCUUCGGUCUCUCAGGCGCCGCGGUCCUCUUGCAGAACACUGUUUACCUCGAUGCUGACCCUUCAUCCACCAAUGCAGAUGUCGUAGUGGACCCUGCUACAUCCAUUGAGUUUCCGAAGACACUUCGUAUCCCGUCCAAGACCAUCUUGCCACCUUUUUCACUCAUAGGUGUCGGAGUUCGCACUGUCUCCUUCCUCAAGAUCAAGGUGUACUCGGUUGCUUUCUACGCGGACCUCACCAACCCGAACUUGAAGAUCCCGUUGUCUGCCACACCGGAAGAGAAGAUCGACUAUCUCGUCCAUAAUACUGCUUGCGUGAUCCGCAUUGUUCCCACCCGUACCACAUCCUACACACAUCUUCGCGACGCCUUCAUACGAUCCCUCCAAGCCCGACAACAGUUGCUCCGUUCCCGCGGUACCCUCUCCGACGAUACAAUCAUGUCCAUCCAAUCACCCAUCAACAAGUUGAAGACUCUCUUCCCCAACACUCCCCUGAACAAACACACCCCUCUUGACAUCCUGCUGACACCACCCUUCCCGGAUAAACCUCGUACACUCAUCCUUCGUGAUCUGGGUGUCAUACAGGAUGAUUGGGUAGCACAGGAGUUCGUUUUGGCUUAUUUUGAGGGUGAUGGCAAUAGCCCAGCUCUCAAAAAAUCAGUUGUCGAGAAACUGACGGGUUACAGUACCGACUAAGCCACAUUUUACUGCUAUUUAUGUAUCUAUUUUUCCAGCAAUGCCAAAUCACC